GCCGAGUUAUAAUAAGAUAAAUACAUCUCUACAAAGUCAUUAUAAAGAUUAGAAAUGUCUUCCAAUAAAUCAUAAUAGAACAUCACUCUUCUUCAAAAAGAGACAAGCCACAACAACAAACAUGACAACUGAAAUCAAGAGACAAAUAGCCUCUGUCCUCGACAAACUCAACUCCAUCGAAGAUCUCACAUGGAACGAAGAAAACUGGAGGCGAUUCAUGAAGCUCCACUGGCAUUCACGCGAGACGAUCACUAUCAACAACAGAUUCAAUGUCACUCCAGAAGAGUUUGAGCAGUGGCAGAGUCAACUGGGUCGGUGUGGUAAAGAGCAUGCUGAAUAUGAACCACAGACAGGAAAAAUCACCUUCAAGCCGGAUCAUUGUCCGGUGAGAAGGACGAUUCGUGCAGUUAUGAAUCAGUGGCUCUGUGAGUUGGAGCUUCGCUUGAGAAGAAUGAUUCUGUGUAUGGAAUUGGUUAGGUAUAUAGCUCUUUUUUUUUUUUUCUUUUUGCUGAUGAUUGAAAAACAAACAGACGGAUUUCGAUUAUCCGGCCAACAUGAAGGAUGUUUCCGAACCACAGACCUGCAUCUCAGACGGGGAGACCAGAAGUAUCCUACUGUUGUCGUCGAAAUCGCAUUUGCAGAACCAACGGAAACGCUCUUCCAGCGCGCGAAAAUGUGGCUUGACGGCACCAACGGCACCACUCAACUCGUCAUGCUCUUCGACAUCAAAGAGGGACGACCACCUAGCAGAAAAUCCAAAUACGUCAAGCAAGGAAACCAGACAUGGAAUCUCACCGAUGAACAACUCACAUCGAUGUUCCCCGCAUUCUGGCCCCUUUACCACUACAUCAUCUCCUGGUAUUAUCAGAAGAAAAUCUCGCUCACUGGUCGGUUCAGUGUAGAUAUGUACCUUUGGGGCAGCGACAUGCCGGAACCAGAUAAGAUCUGGGGCUGCGUGUCUGGUGACCACAACCAACCCCCGGUUGAAGAUCGCCAUAAUGGGAUAGGGACGGCAUCGAAGUUUUGUUUUUACGGAAUGAGUAUCCCGUUUCCGAUUGAGGUACUACAGCGUGAGAUUAACAAGGGUAUUAAGUUCAAGGCUUUUGAACGUGCUGCUGAUUUCGCGGUUGAGAAGUUGAGGGAGUUGAAUCUGCCAUUCGGUGGGUAUUUGAGGAGAGUGGAGGGUUGAUUGUUCGUGUGACUUAAGUACAGGAUUGGGGUUCUUUGCUAGAAUUUUGACUGAUUGGCUGCCAAAUUGAAUAAUAAUAGCAGUAGCUAUGGACGCAUACAUAGGCCUGGAAUAAUACCUGUCUAGUC